AUGGAAGGUCGGGAGCAGCGAGACACGCCCCACGGCCAUGUCGGGGCAGCAGCGGCGACGAGGAAGAGCGGCGGCGGCGGCAGGAGGAGCAGGUUCGCCGGCGCCGACGACGAGGGCGGCGGCGAGGGAUCCGCGGGAGGAGACGCGAUCGAGUGCUCCGGGGAGCGGUGCAGGUCGUGCACGGCCGGCGUGGUCGCGGACUGCGCGGCGGUGUGCUGCUGCUGCCCCUGCGCGGUGGUGAACCUGCUGGCGCUCGCGCUCGUCCGGGUGCCGUACCUGCUGGGGCGGAGGUGCCUGGCGAGGAAGAAGGGCGCGAAGAAGGUGAAGAAGAAGAGGAAGUGCGGGAGAGUGGGAGGAGGGUCGAGCGAGCGGGAGAGGAUAGUGGAGGAAGGGAUGAGGGAGUCGGUGUACGGGUACGGGUUCGAGGAGGGCUUCGGUGACGGGCUGGAGGCGGAAAGAUCGGCGUGGUUGGACCUGGAGUUGUAUGAGGUGGGUCAUUUGAGCUUCGGUAGAGUUUCCUUCACCGGGGUUCAGGUCCAGAGCAAGGGCGGUUGCAGUUGA